ACCGCUCGUUGAUACUGAUUUUGUGUGCCCUCAGUGCGCAUCAGGAAGUGGAGAAACCGCUACGUCUGCAACAGGAGAAGAGAGGAGAAGGGGGCGGCCUGAGUGUGUAUGGAAGAAAUAAGAAAACUACGGCCAACCUUUGAACCUCCUUCCUUUGUAAAACCAAAAAUCACGAGACAGUCAGUGUUCGUAAAGAAAAUCAGGGGAGAUGAAACGCAGAAAAGCUGUCGGAGGAAUGUGUGUUUUUGAAGAGAGCUGAAAAGAGAAAAGCUGCAAGCAAAGCAAAGGGAAGGAAAACAGUUUUCCCGGAUGUGCUGUUCGAAACCUUCUGGUUACAGAUUAUUACCAUCAACUUUGGGAUUAGUGAUCCAUGGAAUAUUAAACAGGAAAAGAAGUCCUCAGUCCACAUCUGAAACCUUGAAUCUGUACCUUCGGAGGAUUUAUAGGUGUAAAAGAGAAAUUUAAAAACCUUGCAACUUUCCCUUAAAAAAAAAAAAAUGACGUCAGUGCAUUUUACCCCUGGGUUAGAUUCUAAGGAAGUUAAUGGUAAUGGAGUGAAAGAGGAGGCAGAGGUGCAGAUCGAUGAUGGAAAGGAAGAGAGUGGGGAGCCAGACACCAAGUACCAGCGUGUCCGAAAGACAAUAGCUCCUUUUGUGAUGUCCUUUGGAUUUCGUGUUUUUGGCCUGGUACUAAUCAUCGUGGACAUUGUUCUGGUCAUUGUGGAUUUGUCCUUUUCCAACAAGAGCCGUGAAGUGGGAAGCGCACUGGAGGCCGUUUCCCUCGCCAUCUCCUUUUUUUUCCUCAUUGAUGUGCUGCUCCGUGUUUAUGUGGAAGGAUUCAAGGUGUAUUUCAGCUCAAAGCUGAAUAUUAUGGAUGCUGUUAUUGUAGCCAUUACGCUGGUAGUCACCAUGAUCUACACAUUUUCCGAUCUCUCAGGAGCCAGCCUAAUUCCCAGGGCUGUCACAUUCCUGAGAUCUCUUAGGAUCGUUAUCUUGGUACGCAUCUUCAGAUUGGCCUCUCAGAAGAAAGAGCUUGAAAAAGUUACCAGGAGAAUGGUGUCAGAAAACAAAAGACGGUACCAAAAAGAUGGGUUUGAUCUGGACCUCACAUAUGUCACAGAAAGAGUCAUUGCCAUGUCCUUUCCAUCUUCUGGUAAGCAGGCACUCUAUCGGAACCCCAUCAGAGAGGUUGCUAGAUUCCUGGACACCAAACAUCCGGAUCACUACAAGGUGUAUAAUCUCUGUAGUGAAAAGGGUUACGACCCACAAUUCUUUCACUAUAGAGUAGAGCGUGUUAUGAUAGAUGACCAUAAUGUGCCGUCGCUUGAGGACAUGCUGCGUUACACAGCCAGUGUUAGGGAGUGGAUGGCAGCAGAUUCGAGGAAUGUGAUUGCCAUUCAUUGCAAAGGAGGAAAAGGACGAACCGGGACUAUGGUGUGCACGUGGCUCAUUGACAGUGACCAGUUUGAGAGUGCACAGGAGAGUUUGGACUACUUUGGGGAAAGACGGACUGAUAAAAAUAUGAGUUCAAAGUUCCAAGGUGUUGAAACUCCCUCUCAGAGCAGGUAUGUUGGGUACUAUGAGAUCAUGAAGAACCAAUACAACCGUCAGCUGCCACCUCAGAAGAGCCUGAAGAUAAAGAGCAUUCGAAUUCACUCCAUUGCAGGUGUAGGAAAGGGUAACGGGAGUGACCUAAAAGUGAGGAUCAUAGUGAAAGGAGAACUGGUCUUUCAGAGUGUUUGUGCCAAACAGGAGAACUGUGCAAUGUUUCCUGACACUGGCAACAAUGCAGUGGUGAUCAGUUUACAUGAAGGGCCUGUUGUAACUGGUGAUGUAAAGGUCAUGUUUGAGUCCUCUGCUGGUCUGCCAAAGGGGUACGAGGACUGUCCAUUCUAUUUCUGGUUUAACACCUCCUUUGUAGAGAACAACAGGCUCCAUCUCUCAAGGGAAGAGUUGGACAAUCCACACAAAUCUAAGACUUGGGACAUCUAUAAGGAGGACUUUGGUGUGACAUUGUCUUUUACUGACCCUUGAUGAGAUUGCUACACACUGGGCCAUGAAUUACUUGUAAUGAUGUGUAAUUGUUUACCUUUUUUGUACUCUCUUAAAAAUGGUAAAGUGAUAUAAAGGGGUGGUGCUUAUAUAUCUAUGGAAGUAUUUUAAAAGGCAUGCUGAAGUGCACUAAAUAAAAAAUAAAUGCAUUGCAUUAACAGUGUUUAAUUUGGGAAUGCAAUUUCAGAUUUUUGGAUUUAAGCUGUGAAUAUUUCAAUUGAAAACAUUUCACACAAAAUUUCACCAUUACAAAUUCAGUAAUAAAUAUUCACCUUCCAAAAUAUUCCGAUUUUUUUUUUUUUUUUUUUAAAUGUCAUUUUUAUUUUAGUAAUAUUCAGUCUGUAAUGUUUUGCUUUGCAAAUUCACCUUUUAAAUUUCAGUGGUUACAUUUCAGUUGGAAAUCAACAGUAUUAAUGCCGAUACACAAUCUUCACUUGCUAGCUACUAUGCUUCACCACUGUUGAGUUUCAAACCGAAUUUUAACACUGAAAUUUUAGAUGCAAAUUUGCUAAGCAGAAUAUAAUGGACAGAAUAUUAAAGGUGCUGUAUGCAGUUUUUUUUUUCAUGGAAAGGUAUGCAAAAAAUUUUCCUAAUCCCUGAGAGAUAUUAAUGAAAUAAAUGUUGUAAGAUAUCUCACCUGUCUCUGUGACAGCUGUAGACUUUGUAAACAACAAACAAAAAUGUGACCGCAGACAGUGACACUUUCAAUCAUUUUGCACAUUUUCAUAGUUUUGUGGUUGCAGCGAAUUAUUGAGGCUUACUGACAAUUUUAAGCCUUGUUGUUCAUAACAGUUGUCAGUAGAGGGCACUAUUUUACUGCUGUUGUUUUUAACCGUUUCUGCACAAUGUUGAAGAUUUGUUAUCUUUGGAGUGUGGGGUUUUGGAAAGGUCCAACGGCUCAGUCUCGUGGAAGGUAAAUUUUUCUUAUUAGAUUUUUAAUAACAUUUUGUGUGAAAUGAUUUCAGUUGAAAUAUUAAUAGCUUAAAUAUACAACCACAUGAAACUGCAUCCCCCAAAAAUGCAAGCACUGUUAAUGCAAUGUGUUUAUUUUUCAAUUAGUGCAAUUCAGUGUACUUUUUUGUUUCAAAGACAUUUUUCAUUAAUAUACUUCCAUAUCCCUCUUAAUGUAUACUGAUGAUAAACUACAAACUGAAUCCAAUGUAAACACUCCAGAUAAACCUACAGAUAUAACAGAAAUGUGAUAUGAACGGGAUUUUUUUGUUUGUUUUUGUGUAUGAAAUAUCUUUGUCAUCAUAUGUUUAAGCUUUAAAAAGGAAACAAAUAAUCAUAUUUUCCCAGUUGUCUUUUUUUUAUUUUAUUUUUUAAGAAAUGCACAAAUUUAGAAUUUUCAGUAUAGAGAAAUUGAACAAGUACCUGAAAGGGAUAGUUCACCCCAAAAUUAAAAUGAUCUCAUCAUUUACUCACUCUCAUGCUGUCCCAGAUGUGUAUAACUCUUUCUUCAGCAGAACACAAAUGAAGAUUUUUAGAAGAAUAUUUCAGCUCUGUAGGUCCUUACAAUGCAAGUGAAUGGUGACCAGAUAUUUGAAGCUCCAAAAAUCACAAAGGCCACAUAGCUAAAAGUAAUCCAAAUGACUCCAGUGGUUAAAUCCGCCUCCUCAGAAGUUAUACGACAAGUGUGCGUGAGAAACAAAUCAAUAUUUAAGUCCUUCUUUACUAUAAGUCUCUACUUUCACUUCAUGUGAAAGUGAAACUAAACAGGCACCACAUGUGACUUUCAGAUGUGAAUAUGAAAGUGGAGAUUUAGUGAAAAAGGACUUGAUCUGUUUCUCACCCACACCUAUUAUAUCGCUUUUAAAGAUAUGGAUUUAACCGCUUGGACCUUCAGAUUUCUGGCCACCAUUCACUUGCAUUGUGAGGACCUACAGAGCUGAGAUAUUCUUCUAAAAAUCUUAAUUUGUGUUCCGCAGAAGUCAGUCAUACACAUCUGGGAUGGCAUUAGGGUUAAUAAAUGACUUGAAAUUUAUUUUGGGGUGAAAUAUCCCUUUAAGAAUGAAUAGCAACACUCUUGCAUGUUUGACUUUUUUAUAUUGGUGGUUCUAGUUGGUUUUGUCAGUAGUUUUAAAUGGUUCUCUUCUCUGGAUAUAAUGAGUACACAGAAAUAAACAAGUACGCUGUCUUUAAAGCUAACACCUGCUAAAGUGGAAAAUUAAAUACUUCAACCUUUGUAGUUAGGAAACUUAUUUAUGUGCAUUGUUUGAGCCGAUUAAAGCUGUUGUUAUUUUUUAGAAAUACCACACAUAAAAUGUCCCUACUACCUGACAGAUGUCGGUAGAAUAGGCGUCUUGAGAAAUCCCACUUGUCUGUAAAUUGCUAGUUGCUAGUGGCAGCGUUAGUUCACAGAAUGGGUAUGUUAUUUGCUAUGCCCCCUUGUGGUACUUCCCCGCAUUGCAUCCAUUUGUUAGUGAAAUCAAAAGGUGUCUCCUAUUUGCAAGUUCACACAUUGAAAUAUAACUUCUGUCUAAACAGAAUCUAAACAGUUACCCUCUAACCUACCAGAACACUAAUGAAAAAAUAAAAGAAAAAAAAAAGGCUUGACUACACACAAUCACAAAGAAUUUGCCAAAUAUUUAUUUACUCAAUCAAAACCUGCAUCAGAUAAUCCAUGAUUUCAACAUUCAAAAAGUCACAGUAUACAUAGUGCAUAGUGCAUAAUUGCAAAAUUGUCAGCAAGCGUGAAGCGAUUUUCACAAAGUCAGAAAAAGAUUACAUGACAAGAAAGUAACUGUUCUCAACAGAAUCUGUUCCAAUAUUUUUUCUUGACCAUUAAAACAAAUUGUGUGUAUGAUGACAUGGGGCUGAAUCAACAUCGUAAUCAAAUACAAUUAGCCUUGAACAGGCUCCAGUGUACAUGUGUUAUUUCCUGAAUCAACCUAACACAUGUAGAGCAACUGCCCACAAUUCACUCCACAGUGACGCAUUCACAAAGAUAAGUGAGAAAGAAGACAAAAGUUUGAGCUGUUGUGGUUUUUAGGAGUACAAGUCAUCUUUAAGGCACCAACAUACCACUUGAUUCAAUUUCAACCAAUACAUUUUCUUAGUACGCAGGGUCAUUGCACUAAAUUACAAAUGUCUUUAUGAAAAUCGCUGACAUUUAUUUUUCCCUUGCUAGGGGAAGCAUAUGGUUGAGUUUUCUUGAUCACAUAUGUUAUGACAUUGAAAACCAACAACGGUCAUUAGCUACAGUAAUAUUAAUGCAACAAUCUGUAAAACAAGAACAGCAAAAAUGUUGGACAGUUGGAUAAUCUCUGAAAGACAAACAUACAUUACACCAAAUGACUCAAAUGCUACAAUUGUGUGUAUUAAAAAAAAAAAAUUAAAAAAAAAAAGAGAGUCCCUGUGAUGUUGGCUUGGUUUUAAAGGGAUAGUUCGCCCAAAAAAAAAAAAAAAAAAGGAAA